GCCAUAUCCGUGACUACUACCAGCGGUGUGGGAGAAAUAUAUAUAGAGCUCAAACUUCGCUAUUUGGUUUCUUUCUAUUUCAAAUCCUCGACUCCAAACAGAAACUCUUCCCUUUCGUUUGUUGAUGCCUCACUACUUGUAACUGUCAACAUGCGUAUAUUUGUCACAGGUUCCACCGGCUUUGUCGGCUCUUCUGUUGUCAAAGAACUUCUCUCAGCAGGACACCAAGUACUUGGCUUGACUCGCAGUGACAAAGGGGUCGAGCUGCUGAAAGCCCAAGGUGUCGAGGUUCUACGUGGAAAUAUCGAGGACUUGGAACUCCUCAAGAAUGGUGCAUCUGAAUGUGAUGCAGUCAUUCACCUGGCAUUCGCCCACAACAUGGCCGACUUUUCUGGCUCUUGCGUCACAGAUCGAGCCGCCAUCACCGCCAUGGGCUCUGCCCUGGCUGCUGCCGGUGGCAACCGCGCCCUGGUCGUUACUUCGGGCACCAUGCUGCUGUCGCGCGGCAAGAUUGGUAACGAGGCCGAUACGCCUGACAUGAGUAACCCCGGAGCCUCGGCCUGUGGUCCUUCAGAGUCAUUAUGUCUCGACUUCGCCAAGCAGGGCGUGCGCGCGAGCGUAGUGCGCCUGCCGCCAACGACGCACGGCCCUGGAUCUUCAGGCUUCAUGUCGUUGCUUAUCCCCGUUGCGAUUCAGAAGGGCGUCGCUGCGUACGUCGGCGACGGCCAGAAUCGCUGGUGUGCCGGGCACCGCGAUGACGCAGCCAAGCUGUACCGGCUUGCUGUGGAAAAGGGCGAGGCUGGAUCUGUGUUUCAUGCUGUGGCCGAGGAGGGUGUGCCACUGAAGGAUAUUGCGACUGAGCUUGGCAAAAGUUUGGGUAUUCCGGUUGUCAGUAUCACACUGGAGAUGGCAGAGGACCAUUUCGGUGGGUUUAAGGACCUUGCCACAGCGGAUAAUAUAGCUUCGAGUGCCAAGACAAAGGAGCAAUUGGGAUGGAAUCCGACAAGCCCAGGUCUACUGGAAGAUAUUCCAAUUAUUGUUAGAGCUUUAUUAUCUUAA